UCAUAACCCACCAUGCUGCCUCCGACGUAUUAUUGUCUUGGGCUGGUCAGGUCCGGCGGAGCAUAUCACGUCCUCACCCAUCUUCCUCUCCUUCCACCACCAUGAAGCUCUUGCCGGUGUUGUCUGCGUCGCUGGCGUUCGCGCUGUCCGCAAGUGCGCAGUACUUCUCAGACGGAUGGCAGCCCGGACAGCCUGUGACAGAGGAGGCCCGCCCAACGCAGGCCUACCAUCGGGUGCAGCAGCCCAUACCGACUCAAGAGGGCAAGGCGCCCAAGUUCAGCUUCAAGAACGUGCUCACGUCAGGGCCGGUGGACUUCAUCGCGUCUAAGAUUGGCGUGAACAUGACGGAGAAGCUCGCGCAGGCCGAAGCAGCGGCUUUGGCGGAGCAGGAGAUGUGGGACCCGCGAGUACCCCUUAUAACGGACACCAACUACGAAGAGAUCAUUGUGAAGGAGUCGUCGACGCCAGAGGAAGAGGCGGACCGUUUGUGGUUCCUGGUGAUUUCGGUCUCGAAGGGUGGGAAGAACGCCCUAUCCCUGAAGCUCGAUGACUCCUUCGACAAGGCAUAUAAUGAAUCUGUCAUCGCCGGUGAUCUGCCCAACGUCCGCUGGGGACGCGUGGAUUACCUCAACGUCACGUACAUCACGACCAAGUGGUCAAUUUGGCAAGCGCCAUACCUGGUUGUCUUGACCGACCGCGGACAGACUCUGCGUUUCUACAAGACCAACGCCGUUAGGCUCGAGCCAGAGAUGCUCCGUGACUUCCUUCUUCAAGAGAGAUGGCGCGACAACCAGCCUUGGGACUCACCCUUCGCUCCCGGUGGUUCAUGGGAGCCUGCCUUGCACUACUUCAGUCUGGCUUUGAAGUACUUCUACGAGACCCUCAUCAUAUUCCCGAGAUGGGUUCUCAUGAUUGCCUCCGGCGGGAUUGCAAACAUCGUAAUGAAAGCCAUGCACUCAAAUGCAGGAACCGACCAGCCACCUCCGAGAGUUGAGAGAGAGGCUCCAAAGGAGGACUCUCCCGCUCCCGCCGCAACAACCGCAACUGAGACGACGGAGACGAAAUCUUCCCCUGCGAAGAGCAAAGGCAGGCGCAAGAACGCGAAGAAGUAACUUACCGCUUAAUUUAUGCACUGUGAAAUAGAUCUAGUGUCUUUUGAUUUAUUGCUGUGACUGUGC